CGAUUUGGUAUUCAUAAAAUUCCCUUUGUGAGUCAAAAUAGUUGGACCUUUAGAGAACGGAACGAUGUCGCCGGCGCCGGAAAUUGGCGUUGCUGUGUUUAUAUUGAAGAAUGAUGAGAUACUUUUCGGGCGUCGCCGCUCCUCUUCUAUUGGUGCCUACACCUAUGCCCUCCCCGGCGGCCACCUUGAGUUCGGUGAAAGCUUUGAGGAAUGUGCAGCAAGAGAGGUAAAGGAGGAAACAGGACUAGAGAUCAAGAACAUAGAGUUUUUAACAGCCAACAGUUUCGUCCUUUCUGAUAAAGUGCAUCUUGUUGCUGUUUUCAUGCGUGCACAUCUUUCAGACCCUGAACAAACACCUCAAAACCUCGAGCCUGAUAAGUGUGAAGGUUGGGUUUGGCAUGACUUGAAGAAUCUCCCUGAACCGAUGUUUGGACCACUCAGAAAAAUGCUGGAUGGUGGCUUCAAUCCUUUCCCUACGGAAUCCAAGUGAUGAAGGAUUUUGGUUAUCUCACUUGAUGUAUGCAUC